AUGAACUCAACAUCAGUUGGAACAAGCAUUAGAAAUAAUAGGGAAUAAAUGUCAAAUAUUACAAUCAAUAAACUUCUGCUUCCAAACAACAUCAUAUUAAAGAAAUCUCAUAACAAUUCUUAAAGCCAACAAAUUUUAGAUUAACAUUUAAAUGAAAAUGUUUUUUUUAUUCCAAAAAAAAGUUUGAGAAGAGUUAAAUAUUCAGAUUAAAAUAGUAAGUUAGAAUUCUAUCAUUCAUAGUAUUGAUUAGCUCAAUAACUGGAAAAUCACUAUAAUCCUAACUAAUCGGUAAGUUUUUGCGUGAGAACAACAUUCAUUAAUUUCAUCGAAUAAACUCUCGAAAAUAAAUUGCCAUUAAAGAAUUAGUAUCAACAUCCAAAGUUUAUAAUUUUAUAAAAAAAGAUGGAAAUAUAAAUACAGAACCAAAUUCAGAUAAAUAAAAUCUCCCAUUUAAGCCUUAGUUGAAAUAAUCUUAAGUUAUUGAUGAUCAAUAUAAAUUCACUUUUUAUAGUCCUAAAACUGAAGAGAACAAACUUAGAUUGCCAAAAGAAUUCUAAAUUCAACNCAGAUUUAGAAAAUAUUUUAUUUCGGUUUAUUUACAAAUUAUUUAUUUAAUUAAUGCUGAUAUUAAAUUAAAAUUGCAAAUUAUUAUUAAGUAUUUAUAAUACAUGUUUUUUUUUAUAUUUUGA